UUAGAAUAGAUAAAUAAAUAUAUUUGUGUUAUUUUAUAAUUAAAUUUUUAGUCAUAAUUUUAUGAUUAAAAUGUGAAUCUCAUCGAGUUCACCGUGUAAACAAGGCUUGAAUAAUUUAAAAUCAAUAUGGUGGGGAUAAAUAAUAGACACAGCUGUCACAACACUGCUGUCACUGCAUAACUAUGAUUUUAUAAUCAAACAACUAAUUUAAAAAUUGAUGAGAGAUAUUCCUUAUUAGUAAUUAAAAGCAGAUAUAAUAAAAUAGUAAUGAAAAGAGUUAUACUCUUUGAAAAUGGCACUGAUGUCAAUGGCAAGGUCGUUAUGGUGACACACUGUAUCUCUGAACUUUUAGGAGCUGCUAGUAAAAAAUUUGACUUUAAAGCCAAAAGAAUAUUUACCCAACAUGGAGGAGAAAUUGAUGAUGUUAAACUCAUAAGAGAUGAUGACGUAUUAUAUGUGACUGACGGCGAAAGUUUUUUAUCAAAAGAUAAAAAAUUAAGUAGAACUAAUGAAUGGAUUACUCUCAAUGUAGGUGGAAAAUUAUUUACAACAACAAAAACUACAUUAACACAAAAAGAUCCAAUGAGUAUGCUAGCUAGAAUGUUUACUGAACGUUCACGUUCACCCUCAUUGUUGAUCAUGCCUGGAGAAGAGACAGAGUUUAGAAUACCACCAAGUCAACAAGAUAGCACAGGUGCUUUUUUGAUUGACAGAAAUCCUACGUACUUUGAGCCAAUCUUGGAUUAUCUUCGUCAUGGUGAAUUAAUUAUGGAUUCAAACAUAAAUCCUGCAGGAGUUCUUGAGGAAGCAAGGUUCUAUGGAAUCGAAAGUAUUGUUAGUAUUCUUGAGGAGACAGUGUUGUCAGAGAGCAAGCAACAAAAAGAAUCUGAUGCUCUAACACGUCGUGAUGUUUUGUCAUCAAUUAUGUCAACACCAGUUACUUCAGAGCUUCGAUUUCAAGGAGUUAAUUUUGCUGGUGCUGAUUUGUCUCGUCUUGAUUUACGAAAUAUAAAUUUUAAGUAUGCAAAUUUACGUGGAUGUAAUUUAUCAGGUGCAAAUUUAUCACGCUGUUGUUUUGAACGUGCUGAUCUGUCAUUUGCCAAUCUUGAAAAUGCCCAAUUAGUUAGUGUUAAAAUGUCUUGUGCAAAUCUUGAAUCUGCAAAUUUACAUUCAUGCAAUUUUGAGGAUCGUAGUGGACUGUCGGCCAACAUGGAAAGUGUCAAUUUAAAAGGUGCCAAUCUCGAGGGAAGCAGUAUGGCUGCAGUUAAUCUACGUGUUGCAACUUUAAAAAAUGCAGUUCUUACAAAUUGUGAUUUAAGAUCAGCUGAUCUUGCUGGUGCAGAUUUGGAAUCUUGUGAUUUAUCAGGAUCUGAUUUACGUGAUGCUAAUUUGCGAGGAGCAAAUUGGAAAAAUGCAGCAUUUGAACUUAUGCUAACGCCACUUCAUAUGUCCCAGACAAUUUAAUAAUGUGAUAUUUAAUUGUGAUAAUAAUCUCUACUCCACAAUUGGGAAAAUAUAUUUCCGCAUUUUUUUCAAGUUAUUUUGGAGAAGCUAAUUUUCGAAAAAAAAAAAAAAAAAAUGCAGAGAAAGUCAGAUAAAUAUUUUCACUAGGAUCAGUGUGUAGAAGCAUGUCCAUCAAAGUCCUUUGCUACUAAGAAAUAAAUUGCUAGUAGAUAAAUUUUUGCUUUUCCGAUCGAUAUAUUGUAUAUCGAUUAUUAAAAUUAUAUACAUUAUGCAUAGCAGUAGAAAAAAAGUUUAGUUGAGUUUACAUAUGAGUAAUGUAACUCAAGAAAUUGAAGCUUUCUAUCGAAAAUAAUUACGAUAGUCCCCUCUACUGUAACUUAGUGAGAGAGGGGCUGCGAUAAAAGAGAAGAGUUGUGGGAGGUGAUAUAUAUAUGCUUCCACGGGUUCUUACAUCGUCCAAUUCAUUGACGAUAAUACUUGCCUAUUUUUCGCCAGCGCUGUCUAAUGCGACAUAGACGAGAAUAUGCUAGUGUGCAAAACAUUCUUGUUAAUUUUAUUUUGAAGACUUUUUCACACGAUGUAAUGGAGUACAUAAUAUAGAUGGACAGACUUAACGUUGCUGUAAAGUGGCAAGAUGAUAUUUUUGUAUUUUUUUUUAUUAAUAUCAUGCCGAUGUAUGCUCAAAAUAUAUUUUAAUCAUUUUUUUUUUUUACUGAAACUACCCUACAAUUAAACUACAAUUGCAUAGUUUAAGCUGUGGAGAAAUAUAACUGCGCAGUAAUCGUAAUGCAAAGUGUUCGAAAAUUUUAGAGACAUGACUGAAAGCACUUUGCAUUCAAGAAUAAGAGUGCUACUGCUUUCCGCUAGUAUUUUUAUAAUUUAUUAUUAUUAAUGAAUAAAUUUUAACACAUUAAAAUCUCUACUAGCCACUUUUUUAUUUUUUCAAUCAAUGAUCGUUGUCAGUUGAGGAGAAAAGUCGGAGAAAAUUCGCCUUAAGGCGAAAAAAAAGAAAAAGAAAAAUAUUUCUAUCAAGGACAUCAGAGAUAAUUACCUGACUCAUUGUGGGAGGUAAUUAUUACCUGGUUAAUAUUUAAGUAAACAAAAUGAAUAAAUAAAUAAAUCUUUUGUAAUCAACUACUAUACAUAUAUAUUGUUUCAAACAAUUAAAAUACUAAUAAUAUUUGUAAUCGGAAGCAACUUUUAUAUUUGUUAUUUAUAUUCAAAACAGUAUAUAUUAUGUUUAUCCUAAUCUGGAAGCACCUCUUUAUGUAAAUUUUACGAUAAAACAUGGUAAAUUUGACCAAGUUUUGUAAACGAAAAUUUAUCACGUUAUUUAAUUUUAUUAUUCAAAAAACUUGAUACAUUUUAUCAUGUUUUUAUUAAAUAUAUAUAAAGCAAA